ACUACGAAUAUGAUCAGUCACAACGGGACUGCAGUGUAAUAGAGAAUCUCACAGAUAUGGAUUCAGACCAGAGUGUUCCUGAUGCAGGAGAGCUGGGAAAGUGUAAGACUGAGAUAAAGGUGGAGGAAAACCACUCAGAAAAUAAGGGGCAAAUUAUUUCCACAGAGUUGAACAUGGAGAUUGGUAACAGCAUACAGGAGAACACUGAGAAAAAAACUGAGGAGUUAGAAACAGAUAUUGUAAAGAAAGAAGAAGAUGUGACAAGCUUCACAGAGGACAUUGUUAACAAAACAGCGAAAGAUAUUUCAUCAGAUGACAGCAACACUGCUGAUGAGAAAAAUGGGAACAAAAAGGUCAAAGAUGAAAGUGUAAAAAGCAGCAAAGGUGACACUGAAAUUGUUUCUGAGCCAAAGGUUCCUGAGGUGACCACAAAGACUGAGCCAUCACUGAUGGGUUACCGUGGUGAUGACGAGGAAUCUGACAGUGAGAGUGACAGCAGCUCAGAUGACGACAGCUCCUCAGACAUGGAGACCAAUGUUGAUGAAUCUUCCAAAUCUGAUAAGCCUGAAACCAAAACUUCAGAGAGUCUUAACGACCGGAGUGGGCCAAAGAUGUGCCAGAAUAGCCUGAUAAAGUCCAUGAGAGAAGAAAUCCGGACCCGAGGGGAAGUCUUCCCAGAUGAGUUGCCUCCCAUUGAAGAUCUGACCAUACGAGUGGAGGAAUCAGAAGAGCUUAUGACCGUGGGAAAAGUGACAGGGAUUGUGGACACAUUAGUGGUUAUCAAGUCAGAGACGGGUGUGCCAGCCUUAAACGAGGACUCUAUCUUGUUCAAAGCAAACAGAGAAGUGUUUGGCAAGAUAUUUGAGGUGUUUGGACCAGUGUGCUCUCCCCUGUACAGUGUACGUUUCAACUCCGGAGAAGACAUUAAAAAGUGUGGUGUAGAAAUAGGCCAUCAAGUUUAUUGUGCACCAAGGAAGACGGAGCUGACUCAGUAUGUCUUUGUAGACCAACUCAAGACAAUUAAAGGUUCUGAUGCAUCCUGGGAAGACAACCAUGAGCCACCAGAAAGGUUUGUGGAAUAUUCCGAUGAUGAAGAAGAACGCAAAGCCAAAUCCAAGAACAGAAAAUCCAGACAUGGUCAGGGCGGAAGGGUGGAGGAGAGUGGUACUGAGGGAGGGCCGCCCCAGAGAGUGCCCCAAAACAACCGUUGUAGGCAACAUAGCAGUGGAAUGAGCAACAAAGCUGACAGGCAACAUGGUUACACUGGAGAAGAAAACCCACCAACUCAGUUUCACAGUCAGCAAAAUAUCCACCCGCAUCUGCGUCAAAGACCUAGGUUUGCAGAUUACCAAGAUAGUGGCCCAUUCACAGCCCCCCAAGGUGGCCGCCCGUUCACAGCCUCCCAACGUCGUGGCCCAUUCACAGACCCUCAGUGUGGUGGCCCUAGCACAGCCCCAAGACAGAUGCAUCCUGGGAUGGAUAUGCCCCACAGAUUUUCUGUACCACCACAUAUGGCCCGCCCACAAGGGAUGUCACCCAGUCAGAGGCCUCAACAGUUUGCGGGCCCACCCCAGUUUAGGAAAGGACCUAACUGUUUUCCCAGUUAUCAACCCCAACUGCCUGCCCCAAUGUUUGGGGGACCAGAAAUGCCUCAGUUUGGGCAGUAUCAAGAAUAUAACAGCUAUGGCUUUGGACAGAACUCUUCACCUUAUGGUGGAGUAGAGAAUCCGCCCAUGCGUGGGGCACCUCCUCAGAACAGGACUUCCUUACUGGGGCGGUCCUCAGGGUCUGUGGGUUUUGGAGGUGUUGAGGGGUAUGGUGGAACUUUCCCAGCCCCUGGGAUGGUUACCCAGAGGGGAAUCCCACACAGACAAUAUGGCUACUCCACGUUUGAGCAUCAACGUCAGACAGUGCCUGAUCAACCACCUCCGAUCGACAGAAGAUACAUCCAGAAGUCUUAACAUGCCAGACUGUUAGGUCAUUCUGUUGUUACUGAUAGCAUCCAGUUUUGAUUUGAUUUAUUUAUUUGAUUGGUGUUUUAAGUUGUACUCAAGAAUAUUUCACUUGUACGACGGCGACCAGCAUUAUGGUGGGAGGAGAACAGUCAGAGUCUGGGAGAAACCCACGACCAUUGGGGCAAAGUUCUGCGCCUUCCGCACAGAGGGGCACAAAGGUUGCAGUAUU